CGGGACGCCUCCUGCACGCCCGAUAAACCCCUGACAAAUGAUGGCAAGAAGAAGAGUCUUAUCUGUAUCGAGGGGAAUAUUGCAAGUGGGAAAACAACAUGCCUGGAUUAUUUUGCAAAAACUACCAGCAUUGAGGUUUUGACGGAACCAGUGGCGAAAUGGAGGAAUGUUCACGGUCAUAAUCUCCUGGGUUUAAUGUAUCAAGAUGCAUCACGAUGGGGGAUUACGUUACAGACAUAUGUACAACUUACCAUGCUGGACCAACACACCAGACCAAUGGUUUCCCCCAUAAGAAUGAUGGAGAGGUCGAUUCACAGUGCAAAAAACAUUUUUGUUGAAAACUUAUAUCGAAGUGGGAAAAUGCCAGAAGUGGAUUACCUAGUACUAACUGAAUGGUUUGAAUGGAUCAAGAAGAAUAUUGAUGUUUCAGUUGACUUGAUAGUUUAUCUACAGACUUCUCCUGAAACUUGUUACGAGAGGUUAAAGAGGAGAUGCAGAAAAGAGGAAAAGAUCAUUCCUGUGGAAUAUCUACAAGCUAUCCAUGAGCUCUAUGAGGAGUGGCUCAUUAAGCAGACACUCUUUAACGUUUCCUGUCCGGUUCUUGUGAUUGAGGCAGACCACGACAUGCAGAAAAUGACAGAAAAGUAUGAAGAAAAUCGGGACCGAAUAUUAACCCCUUACAGUCUGCGACAGUGUUUGUAGAUAGCCGGCUUUGUAGACAGACUGCUGAAAACUUGUCUGCCCUGAUUUUAGGGGAAGUCUGAGCAACAUUUUCCAACACUUUUGAAUGCUAUGGUUUCUCACUUGGAAUUUUGUUUUACAAAGCACAGGUGACAGCUACAAAGACAAGUGGGCCAUGUUUUUUUCCUUUUGGUCCUUUAUACUUCUGAGGUCCAGUGCAACUUUACUGUUCUCAGACUGUCUGAUAAAAUGUUGCUGUACUUUACUUCCUUACUUUCAGUGCUGCUUACUGUAAAUACCUUUCAGCAUUACAUUUUCUCAUAAUAAUGGUCUUUUAUUCACUCUGAAAAAUAGCCCAUAUAGAAGAUGGAUGUGUUGCUCUGUGACCAGAAGUAGUUGGUGAAUAAAUAGGUCAUGGUCACAUAAAAAGGGAAAAAGCCUGUUUACUGUACUAAGUUAUGGGUCUGAAUCAGCAUGGCAGUGCAACCACUUCUGAUUUUUAGUGGAUUACUUCGCAUUUAAAUAACAUCACAACAUCUCGAUCCUGCAGACAUCUAUACAUUUGAAUAGUUUAAUUUAACUACUUGGGUAUAUAAAGUUCUGCUGAGUGUUUGCCAGACUGGGAUCUAAGGAAGUAUGGGCCAGACUUUCAACAGCACUCAGCAUCCUGCUGUUCUCAUUGAAAGUGGCCCCAAAAACUGCUGAUCCAAGCACUCUUGAAAAUCUAGGUCUUAACAUUUUUUCCUGUUGUUGCAGAGAGUCUUUUUUAUGUACUUGUAAUAACAUAAUAAUCGUUACAUCAAUAAUUUAGUUUGUGAAACCCUAUUUUGCACUUUUUAGGUUGCUAUAUUAGAAGUUUGUUUAGAAUAUAACAGGAUUAUUUUCUGGGCGUUCAUGUUAAUGAUGGUCCCUUGUAGCUCCAGGUCCUGAGAAAAGAGCAAAGAGCAUAUAGAGGAGAUUUAAUUCUCCCUUUGAUUGUUUUUUUUCUUGUCAGAACUGUUCCGUGCUGUUUUUAACAUGUUUUAUGAGUUGCUCCCUGGAACACCGUUGGCUUUGCACUUUUAAGUGAGCAGUUUUAAAGUUUGCUUGCUUUUAAUUUAUUAUGCGCAACUCAGGCUUCACUGAUUCUUGAAGUGCUGCACUUUUAUUGUUCUGUAAAAGCUUUGAUUGCUUCAUGUGUUGUAAGCCAGAUUCACGAUGUAUUUUUUUAAGUCUCACGUCUGUUUAAGCUAACAUAGAAAAAAGCAUGCAUCUACAUGGGCAUGUCCUAACUCUCUAGAGUUUUUUCCUAAAGCUAACUUAUUUAAAGCUCUCACCCAACAUUCAGCUUACUUUAUGCCUGAAUUGGACUGUUCCCUCUUUUUUUACCUACAAAAAUAUAGCGCCGAUACUGCUUUGUAUCUAUUUUUUUGUACCAAUAGAAAAUAAGCUGUUAGAUACAAUUUUUGUAACGGUGCUUAUACCAAUAACAUUUUGUAGGGCAAGACUGAAUUAAGCUUGUGAAUGCAGUGUAGAAGUUCGCUGGUCCUACUCUAAAGCUUUCAAACUCCAGCUGAACAAUAGAAUCAAGCAUUUCUGAUUACCUAGUAUCUUAAUCAAAGGUAUUAAGUGACGAGGGAGCAAAUACUCGUACUUGAAUGCCUGUGAAGGUAGGUGUCCUUUUAGAAGGCCAAACAACUUGUUCCUUAGAAGUAACUCAGCAUGUUGGAAAUGGUCAAUAAACUGCGUGUUUCUUCGUUACAGGAAACUCCAAUUAGUGUGUACAUUUCAGAAAUGAAUUGUAAACUGUCUUUUUUUCUUUUGUUUCCUGCACAAUUGUCUGAUGAGCCAGACACCCCCAUCUCCCCACUGAACCUCGGUGUGCUUGGGCCAGUUAACUUUGAGUUGUUUUUUUUUUCCAUGCUUGCUUUUGAGAGCAUUUAUCAUUCAGUUCUCUCCUCCACCCUUCUUUUGCUCCUCUCCCAUUGUAACAAAACAUUUUGGACAGCACUGAUGGUUAUAUACAAUUACCUAAAAUGCUUGUCUAUAAUUUAUGUUUGUUCCAUCGAUUUCUGAAGCUUACAUUUAUAAGGACUGUAAAGAAAGAGAUUAUUUUACUUGUGCGUUGGAUACUAUUUUUCACGUUCUUUAUCUGCAGAAAUCUCUUGAGUGUUUAAUUAUUAGGAACGGAGCCAAAGUUUAUAUGACUGACCAGGGUUAAAUUUCAUUUUGAGGGUUAAACUUUUUCAAAACUAAACCAACAAGACUACGUGCAAAUUCUUUGGGACUAAAACAAAAAACAUCUUGCAUCUGUGUAAGGAAGGAUCUGUCCCCAAUUGUUUUUAAGCCUGGUAUUUUUCAUGAAAACUCUAUUGCUAAAGGUGUGUAUGUGGGGUGGGGGGGAGACAAAAGCCACAAAAACGUUCCUUUUAUGUACGUCUGAAACUGAAUGUCAUUGCUAGAAGGGUUAGCACACGGAAUAUGAUGCAAAGCAGUAUGUAAAUAGGUAUUGCUUGUUUUUUAACUCUGACCCUUAUUUCAUUUUCAGUUUUAAUCAAAAUAUACAAAAUCUUUGGAAAAACCUUUCUUA